UGCGACAAUACACUGCGGCCCUGAAAAGAAGGAUCAGGUUGUAAAGAUGCUACACUUCACAGGCCACAGGGGCGAUAGCCCUGUCAUGAAGCUACUCGCUCUUGUCACUGACCUGGGCGCUCGUAAGCUCAUCUACCUCACGUCCGUGCACCCAAAGCUCGGUGAACUGGUCUUCGAAGGCCUACAUCAUGCCGCGGACGAAGUAGGACACUUCGUUCACGACAGCGUACCCAGCACUAAAGACACAGAUCAUCGCCAAGAUCGUUGUAGCGACCAGGCGCGUCGCGACCAGAGUGACCGCGACCGUGCCCGCAACCAAGCCCCUGAAUCUCGCAAGCGUUCACGUUUCCCCUAA